GUUCCCACGGCAGGUGGCCCCGGCGCGCGCCGCAGCCAUGGGGAACACCGCCAGCGACCGGGUGGCCGGGGAGCGCCACGGCGCCAAGGCUGUGCGCGCGGAGGGCGCCGGCGGCCCCGGCCCGGGCAAGGAGCACAAGAUCAUGGUGGGCAGCACCGACGACCCCAGCGUCUUCAGCCUGCCCGACUCCAAGCUCCCUGGGGACAAAGAGUUUGUAUCAUGGCAGCAGGAUUUGGACGACUCCGUAAAGCCCACACAGCAGGCCCGACCCACAGUUAUCCGCUGGUCUGAAGGAGGCAAGGAGGUCUUCAUCUCCGGGUCCUUCAACAAUUGGAGCACCAAGAUUCCACUGAUUAAGAGCCAUAAUGACUUUGUGGCCAUCCUGGACCUCCCUGAGGGAGAGCAUCAGUACAAGUUCUUUGUGGAUGGACAGUGGGUUCAUGAUCCAUCAGAGCCUGUGGUUACCAGUCAGCUUGGCACGAUUAACAAUUUGAUCCAUGUCAAAAAAUCCGAUUUUGAGGUGUUUGAUGCUUUAAAACUAGAUUCAAUGGAAAGCUCGGAGACAUCUUGUCGAGACCUUUCCAGCUCACCCCCAGGCCCUUAUAGUCAAGAAAUGUAUGUGUUUCGAUCUGAGGAGAGAUUCAAAUCCCCGCCCAUCUUGCCUCCUCACCUUCUCCAAGUUAUUCUUAACAAGGACACUAAUAUUUCUUGUGAUCCAGCCUUGCUCCCUGAACCAAAUCACGUUAUGCUGAACCAUCUCUAUGCAUUGUCCAUAAAGAUAAAGAAACUAAGGCUCAGAGAAGGUCAUAUUGCCAGACAGCGUGAUGGUCCUUAGUGCAACCCAUCGCUACAAGAAGAAGUAUGUCACUACUCUGCUGUACAAGCCCAUCUGAGGGGAUCCCUUUCUGCCUCCCAGGCUUCAGAAGCAGUUUCCUUGCCUUUCUGGACUAGACUAGUCUUACCUGAGACUGGAAGGCUGAUUUGCUUUGAGGCUGAUAUGUGUGUUUCAGAGCCUCUGAGUAGGAUGCUCUGCUUUUGCAUUUGAUUGAAGAUGGGGGCUUUAUGAAUUCAUGGCGUUCAUUCUAAGAAAAAUAAUGCAUAUAUGUAUACAUAUGAGAGGAAAGUUAAUGGAAGCUAGAUGUAUUCUCUCUGCCUCUAGGGACGCACCAAGAACUGUUUGGGGAUUCUGCAGGAAGAACCUUCGUUAUAGGAAGCUUUUUUUACUAAAAUGAAGAGCAAACUCAGUAUCCUUGAUGGGUGGAGAGUCUAUCACUGCUACCUUGGCUCUCCAAGGGAUGGACCUGUGCCAUACUCUGGCCCUACUCACAGCUGCCUCCUUUCAGGGCAGCUUUUCUUGCAUGGGUUUUCUGUAUUCCCAGAGUAUGUGGCACAACCUUGUUGCUGGUUGGUUGGUUGGUUGGUUGGUUUUGUGGUGGUCUUUUUUUUUAAUCCUCAGAUGAGGAUACACUCUGGUUUUUUUAUAUAAUACCAGAUACCCCACAAAAAUCCUUUUUUCCUCUCAUUUUACAUUCUUGCUUUGAUAACCUCUUUCAGAUCCUAUACAUGACCCUCCCCUAACACAAAAACUCAUUGGGUAAAUGACUCCUUUCAAAGUCUGUGGGAUAUCUGACCCACCUCAGAGACUAGGGCUGCCAGAAAGUCCUUUUUAGCCCAGCACAGGCCUACGCCACUUUGUUACCACUUGUUCUAACUCCUACUAAGGAAAAUGGCUCAGCAUUAUAAGGCAGGAAGCCCUGGCCAUUGUUCUCAAUGGUUAGAGCAUUGUCCUACACCCCGAAGGGUCGUGGGUUUUAUUUCCGGCCAAGGGCACAUACCUGGGUUGCAUGUUCAAUCCCUGGCCCCGGUUGGGAUGCAUGUGGAAGGCAACCAAUCGAUGUGUCUCUCUCACAUCGAUCUUUCUCUCCCCUUCCCUUCCACUCUAUAAAAAUCAAUGGAAAAAAUAUCAUUGGGUGAGGAUUAACCAAAAAAAAAAAUAAAGGCAGGAAUGCAGAAGGUCUACUUUCUUGUUUUACUAGUAUUUUGAUGCCACAGCUUGGGCUGUAUUGGCACAUCCCUAUAGGUUUUCCUACCUGGCCUGGCCUGCUCCAAGUUCUCUUUCUCAGAGCAGACAACCUUGAAGGUGGGAGUGAGCCAGGGAAAACUUUCAUGUCUUUCAUCCUUGAAAGAUUUUUAUGUGCCUACAUUUUUCUUUAAUUAAAAAUGCCUUUUCAUUGGUCUUAUGAGACUUCAUAGGAGAAUUCUUGAUGAAUGGUUCCCAAGAUUUUCUUCCCUAGUCUAGUUCUUAAUCUUAGAGUAAGUAAUGUAGCUGACCCUGUGCACAUCAUUACACUAAAUACUGCUCUAGGUGCAGAUUUAUUCAGGCUCAUUUGAUGCACCUAAAAGGUUCCCUCAACUUAAGAUUUGUUAGGGUGAAAAUCAAGAAAGUACCCUUGGUGUUCUUCAACCAUCAUUUUGUUCUUCUGCCUCUUUUUAAAAAAUAUUUGAUAAUGAGGUGGGGUCAGUGAUUUCCAUUUGUGGAAUGAAAAGUAGCAUUCAAUCUAUUCUUGGGGUAGAAAGGUAAGACAUAUUUUCCAGGUAUCUGGCUCUUCCAUUACAGGUAAAUGCACGUCAAACAUUCAACACCGAAGGAGUCCAAACUUGAUGCUUGAGAGACUCCUUGACUGCUAAGAUGAGCCCAGCCACAAUGAGGGCAUCCACAGGUCAGUUUAGUUACCGCCUGCUUUCUUUCCCAUACAAAGCUGAAGGCAGUUAUCUUUGGGUAUGUAGACCUCUUAGGUCCCCGUAUGAGGCAGUAGGGUAUGGUGGUGGUGUUUCGCUGGGAAUGCAAAUUGCCAAGUGCUUUGGUGGUUAAUUGCUGAGAAUAAAUACUGCUUUAGCCACUUAAGGCCACCUUCUGCAGCAAAAGGCUUUUGUGGAGAACUUUUAUACUCCCAACCACUUUUUGAAUAGUGUGCCAUUUAAAAAAUCCAGGCCAAAUCCCAUUUUAACCAACUCUUAGGAUCUAUGUCAUCUUCAGUUAAUCUAGACUUUUGUUUUUUCUAAUACCCAUUAAAUAAGUGGGCUACUUAGGAGGAUUCAAAAUCUUGGGUUUGAAUAAAGGAUUUUGUUGCACUCAUAUUUCUGGUCAACAGUAUUGAAAUGUAAUUGCCUAUAUGUUCAUGUAUUAAGAUUUUUAUUCCACACAGGUAUGUCAGUAGAGGGGGCAGGAAAAGAGAUCCCUUCAAUUUCUUUCAGACCAAAGGCUUUGUUGAAUUGGGUCUGGCUUCAGUGACAGUAGAUUUUGGUGCUGGUAACCUUCAUAUCUUUCUAAUCAGGAAAGAUGCAGAGAGCAUCAGUUUCCCAAAUUCUGAGGUAAUCUCUCAGCCAGAUGUGAAAUGGGAGCCUAACAGCUGGUAUGGAAGGUGUGGGUGAGAGGAACUGGAUGAUGACUCCUUCAGUAUUGUUCCUUUUUUAUACUGCUAAUACGUCCCAUGGCCCUGAGAAGCCCUAUCACCCUCUGUCCCAAAGAAACUGUUCUAGAAGGUAGGGAGGGAGGGAGGACGGUAGCCCCACGUAUAGCCACUCAUUCUUUUGUAUUGGUUAAUGGAAUAGUUUACUUUCUGCAGAAUAGAGUUUAGCGAUUUGAGAAAUGAAUAAAAGCAAGAAAAAUAUUUUUAGCUCUUUUGGGAGGGACUAUUGCAGUUUCACAAGAGUCAGAAGAAUAAGAAAAUAGUUCUCAGGAGGAUUAACCCUUUAAAGAACUACAUCAUGGUUUGGGAUUAUGGGAAAAAGAGAAUGACUGAGUUGAGGAGUAAUACUAGGAAAAUAAAGACUUGAAUAACAGAACUAUCCUUUAAAAAAAAAUUAAAUCAGACAUAACAUAUUGGUGUCCUUGGAUUUCAUUGUACAGAAUUUACUAUAAAAGACAUCAUUCCUUCAACUCUUGUUCCUGUUCUCUACCCUUUUUUCUAUAUUCUGAUGCAAAUUCAUUUGUCAGGUAGACUUUAUCAGGGUCUCAAGUCAAACAUUACCUAAAAUAAACGUUAGGCAUCUUGCUGGUAUGGAGAACUUUAGAGUCAUGUUUAGAGUUGAAUGGGAUUCAACCACUAUAAGCAACACCCGUGAAGGGCAUACUGGGCCUUAAUGGUUUGGCUUUUUAAAAUAAUGCUUACAUGGUAAAGAAAUCCUGUAAAAGAAGAAUCUAAGAGAAGUUCCUGAGAAAAUCCUACAAACCCUGGCCCACUUACUUCCCUCCAAUUAGUUCUAGUCUCUUGUAGACGUACUGAAUCUGAGAUAAAACCUUUGAAAAGUAUUGGUACUCCAUGUAUGCUACUAAAAUGAAGUUAAAUUUUGAAAGAAGUGUUACCUCCAGACUUAUAUUAAUGUGGGCUGUAAAUGAAGGUGACGUACUAAUGAUAGAAUUUCCUGCUUUUAACUGGGGAAACAGGGCUUUUAAAAUUUUGACCUCAACUAAAAAUGAUAUGCAAUAGUCUAUGUUUGUGUGUGUUUGAAAUACAUUCUGUUCUCAAAGGUUUCUAAAUCCUCAUGUUCUAGUGAUUUGGGGCAUGGGCUUACUCGCAGAUACAGUUUGUUCCUGCAUUAUUCUGACUCAUCCUGAAGGCCAAGUUCCUGCUGUCUUCUACCAGGGACUGCUGAUUCAGUUACCAAUGGGAUGGUGGACCUGGGCGGGGGAGGCGUUACGGUCUGUCUUUUAAAAGUCUGGAUCUAGGCAUUUGUCUGUUCUUAAGCGCCAAUCUCAAUUGGAGCUUGAAGGGCUGUGAUUUCUGCAAUGAACCCAAACUUUUGGAGUAAAAGAAUUUAUUUUUAAAUUUUAAAUUAUAAGCAAAAAGAAAGAAGAAAAAAACUCGAAUCAGCUGCUUAUGAACUCCAAUUCUUAGUAAUGGAAUCUCUCUAGGAUUCAUAUUUGGGCUUUGUCUUGAUUUGCUUUUCUCAAUUGUGCUUUUUAGUGAAUAAGUUUUGUUAAAAAUUGAAAUUUUUAUUGGUUUUAACAUUAAUUGGAAAUGGAUUGUGUGUAGUACAGUACUUUUGCAGUAAGAUUGGUAUGAAAUUCUAAACACUGGAUCUUGUAGUCAGGUUAAACGGUCAAGGAAUACCUACCAUAGUAUUAUGUAUUGAUCAUCUUACUUUUCUGUUUCCGUCUACAGAGCACUAACCUUAACCAGGUUCAGGUUUUAGAACAGCCAAGCUCACUGAUGUUAUUAAUUCUAAUUCCAGACUGGGCCCCAUAUGUGAGACUUGUUUGAAUACUGGUAAAUUGGAGGAUGUUGGUUGUUGUUAUACUGAAGCUUUUUGGAUUAGUGAAGCUCUGUCAUAAAGGGGAAAUAAGACUAUAAUUUGAAAAGAAUUAAACAUGUGUCCUUUAAAUGGUGCUUUUUGUAACCUUUAGUGCUGAGGUGCAGAGCUGCUUUUCACUAUUUAAUAGAGGAGUAGCACACAAGAAUGGGUUUGAAAACUUUUCUCCAAAUGGAUUUUGUCACUGGACUCUGAUGUGUCUGAAAAUUGUGAUGUAGCACAUGCAGAAAUUGUUUUUCUCCAUAAAACUGUUGAAUAAAAGUAUUAUGCAGCAA